GGAAAUGGGAGCUGUCGGCGAACGUUUAUUUGGUCAUUUCAUACUUUGUUAAUUUUUCUUAUAUUUUCAUUACAUAUUUUCAUCGAAUCUUUGGCUAUUGUAGAAUUAAAAAUAACAUUUUUGUAUUAGCCAUUCCAAUUUUUUAACAUCCUAGGUGCUUAGGCUUUUCUUUGUCAUAAACUUAGUUUUAAGUUAGAUUUGUACACUUGAUUACAUUUUUAUUUUCACAAUGAACAUCGAAGUGUGUAGGGAUACUUCAGACGCUGUGGCGCUAUAUUUGCCUCAGCGUUUGUAUUUAAAGCCAUUUGCAAAGCUAAACAUUUCUGUGCAGCUCCCUUCUCACAAGGUUCAUGGCAAAUCCAUUUCCAAUUGGGAAUUAAUGGAGAAGCUACGCAAAAUGAUCCAACCUGAUGGCUUCUCUAUACUGAAAGUGGCAAAACAUAGUACGGAAGUGGUUAGGUUUGACGCGGAACUGGAGCAGCGGGAUAGGCUAGAACGGGUGAUCGCGAGACUGGAAGACCGUAUCAUACAGUUAAAUGACUACCCUGACCCAAUGAAAGUAAAAGUGACUGAAGCAAAGUUAGAUUUCCCGAGUCGACAUUCGUGGGAUUCCUUUUUCCGCGAUGCGACAGACAUGGAUGAAAUGAAACCAGGCGAGAGACCAGACACAGUGCACAUAACCAACUUACCUGUCCAUUGGUUUCGUCAUGAAAGAGACCAUGACGAAAAUGCACCUCCUUCCGAGAGCAUAGUCAAAAAAAUUUUUGAAAAGUACGGCAAUAUACGUCAAAUUGAUGUCCCUGCAGCUGACCCAUUUCGUAUGCAAAUGAAGUCUGCAAUGAGAGGGGUAUCAAUUCCACCACAAGAUCAAGCACUGUACUUUGAAGCUUACAUUCAAUUUAGUGAAUAUGUCGGCUUUGUAAGAUGCAUGGAUUCCCUACGAGGUAAAAAGCUGUUGCGUAAAAAUGAGGAUGUUGCCCAGUGGUGUGGCAUUAAAGUGGACUUUGAUAAGACGAAGCAUAUGACUGAUGCAGCUGUGAAGAGACGAUCUAUUGUUAGAGAGAGGCUAUUGGCGCGGCAGAGGGCCAAAGAUGAUGAAGAGCGUCAAGAAAAAGAAAAACAGGCCAAGAGGGAAGCAAGGGAAAGAGAGAAGUAUGAGCACGGCGAGCGUGAGAAGUUGGAGAAGAUGAGAGAACGAGAAGAAAGAAGAAAAAAGAAGCAACUUGCCAAACUAAUGGAGAGAGAAGAUGUGGAUCUGAAUAGCAAGGUGAUGGAGGAGCAGAGGAAGCUUCUUAAAGCACAGAAGAAGCUUCAAGCUAUACGACUUAUUGAGGAAUUGUUUAAGAGAAUUGAGUUACGGCCCGAACUUCAACGCAAUGGGCAAAAACCGGAACGUUAUUACGCGGCCGGCGAGCGAUCAGCGCGUGCGCGCGUCGUGGAGCGUUACAAGCGGCAGCAGGAACACGCGCUCGAGGCCCAAAGGGCGCAGCUCAAGAACGCUCUCGAAGGUAAACUGCAGGAGUUUUAUGCAUUCACUGACACCAUACCAGAGGACAAAAAGUACAGAGAAUGGACUCCCCGCCCCUCCCUAAAU